AACUACUGCGUGUGUACACUCGCGCGCGCGCACAAACACAUACAUAUUUAUAGAUUACAGGGGAAUGUUGAGGCAUAAACUGUGGACUUGAGAUAUGGGGUGUGUUUUGGGCCGGGAAAUCUCGUCUGGCAUAGUAUCUGGAGCAAAGGGAGAUAGGAGAGUUGAGAACUAUGACAAGAGUAAGAAUACAAGUUUUGAGUCUACUGAGACUGACGAGGUUUCAGGGGUCAAGAAGGUGGAUGAAGUAAAUGAUUCUGCUGAAGUUAAAGAUGUUGAUGAUGUGACUAGGAAGGAUGAAAAGAUAGAUGUUGAUGGAAGAUCAAAGGCUGAUAAGAGGAGGUCUAAGCCUAACCCAAGGUUGAGUAAUCCACCUAAGCACAAACAUGGUGAACAAGUUGCUGCUGGAUGGCCAUCGUGGCUUUCAGCUCAUGUUGGGGAAGCAAUUGAGGGUUGGCUUCCUCGACGCGCGGACACUUUUGAGAAAAUUGAUAAGAUUGGGCAAGGAACUUACAGUAAUGUGUAUAAAGCAAGGGACACUAUAACUGGAAAAAUUGUUGCUUUAAAGAAAGUCCGCUUUGACAAUUUAGAACCUGAGAGCGUGCGAUUCAUGGCAAGAGAAAUAAUCAUUCUGCGACGUCUUGAUCACCCCAAUGUUAUUAAAUUAGAAGGUUUACAAUGUAGUUCUUACAGUACGUCAGAGAUGGAACAUAAACUCAUAUACCUCGUGAAAUGCUAUAUGCACCAGCUAUUGUCAGGACUUGAGCACUGUCACAAUCGUCACGUGCUCCACCGUGACAUUAAAGGGUCAAAUCUUUUGCUGGACAAUUCAGGGAUACUCAGAAUAGCUGAUUUUGGGCUGGCUACUAUAUUUGAUCCUAGCCAUAAGCACCAUAUGACUAGUAGAGUGGUCACACUCUGGUAUAGACCACCUGAGCUUCUUUUGGGCGCAAGUGAUUAUGGAGUGGGUAUUGAUUUAUGGAGUGCAGGGUGUAUUUUAGCAGAACUAUUGGCGGGGAAGCCUAUUAUGCCUGGUCGUACAGAAGUAGAGCAACUACAUAAGAUAUAUAAAUUAUGUGGUUCACCAUCUGAUGAAUAUUGGAAGAAGUCUAAGUUACCUAAUGCAACACUAUUCAAGCCACGAGAGCCAUACAAGCGAUGCAUUAGAGAUACAUUUAAAGAUUUUCCCGCAUCAUCUCUACCACUGAUAGACACACUGCUUGCAAUUGAUCCAGCGGAGCGCAAAACAGCAACUGAUGCAUUACGUAGUGAAUUCUUUACGACCGAACCUUAUGCUUGUGAUCCGUCUAGUCUCCCAAAAUACCCUCCAACAAAAGAGAUGGAUGCAAAACGACGUGACGAUGAGGCUCGAAGGCUAAGAGCAACUAAUAAAGCUCAAGGUGAUGGCACUAAAAGAACGCGUCAUCGUGAUCGUGCUGUUCGUGCAAUUCCUGCACCAGAUGCCAAUGCCGAACUUCAAGCUAACAUUGAUCGGCGACGCCUCAUCACGCAUGCAAAUGCAAAGAGCAAGAGCGAGAAAUUCCCCCCACCACAUCAGGAUGGAGGACUAGGUGUUCCUUUGGGGGCUUCCCAUCAUAUUGAUCCUUCCCUCGUCCCUCCAGACGUGCCUUUCAGCUCAACCUCAUUCACAUAUUCCAAGGAACCAGUCCAGAAUUGGUCUGGCCCUUUAGUGGAGCCCGGCACUGCCGGUGCUGGUGGUGGUGGAAGGCGGAAGAAGCACGCUGCAGCCGAUGGCAAAAAGCAAUCUGCAGGGAGAAGAAGAUAAUUUGUGUGACUGAUUGAUUCUGGAUUUUUAAAAAACACAAUCUGGGCUUUCUUUGCCCCCCCGGACCAGGAAUCAAGGAAAUAGAAGCUGGCCCCCUCCACAGUACAGACAAAAAUGUGUUGAAGAAAAACCUAAACAGCACCAAGUAACCAAGGGGCCAUUUAGCAUGUACUCCGUAUUCAUUUGGAUCAUUAUAUAAAUUUUAUUUUUCUUGUUCACUCUUAUCUGUAUGGAUUUGUCUGCUCAAUUUGUUUCGGAAGCAAGCUGUUUCCGCUGUCUCUCUGUAUCAAUAGCGUUAACAUUCCUCCCUGUGCAAUGUUAAGCCACUACAUUAACAUGAGAAAGUUCAGUAGAUAUUUAUCCUUAACAUCUCAUCUAAGACCUGUUGGCCUUCCAACCCACUCUUAAUAUAUAUUGAUGGAUAUU